UUACGCAGGUCGUCACAUCGAGCGUAUCGCUUGCAGGAGCCCCUUCAGUGCCCACUUCGGAUGACGAGGUGUGCUUUAUGAAUGUGACCGAGGCACUGCAAUGUUCGUCAAGCGAGGGUUUCUGGACGUGCCAAGUAUCAACCGAGUACGGAGUUUUUUUUACUUCGAGUGUGCAACACUGUACUGGGCGGCAACGGUGGUGACUUACGGCUACAAAUUCGUCGUAGCGGCACUUCGUCGGCGGGGCGUGGAACCGGCGACAUGGCGGGAGCGCUUACCGGUUUUCUUCUGGUUACGCAGACCAAGUUACAAGAUGGAGUCCGCGUCCAGCAACCUCCGCGACUUGGAGUGCGCCAUCCCGUCCCUGGAUUCUGUCCGGCUUUCGACAAGAUUCCAGCAGCUACUGAACAGGCUCAAGGUCCGAGGCGUGGAUCUGCACGAGCCCUGCGGCAGCACAGUGGGCAGUGCCACAUGCUGGCUAACGGGGCAACUGCCAGCACUGAACGAAAUCCUCUGGGCAGCGUUUGUGCAGGUCGUCGAACACGCCCCCGGCGUGCUUACGUUGAACUGCGUACGAAGUGACCGAAUCGACAAUAUACCCACAGCCUCCUCCCUUUUGGAGCCUUCCUGCUUGAUUUAUUGGCUUCUCAGGCAUCAUGCCUGCAUCGAGAAACUCGUCCUUGGCCUCAAGACUGUUCCGUUGAUGCACUUCCCUGCAGUGCUGAGUAAAGCGCUGCAGGCCAGCACGGGUCUCGUAGAAGUUGAGGCUCAUAGAAAGCGCAUGUAUUGUGGUAGACCGGUGGAUUGCGCAAUCGAGACGCGCGUCCUGUGGCCGCUCACUCCUCGACUGAAAUCACUGGAUGUCACACCAUUCGAACUUGACCGCGCUGCCGCCGACAGCCUCGCCGAAGCGAUAAGUGGUCGUAGCAACCUACGCCGCCUAAUACUCGGCACCGUGGCGCCCGUGGUCGCAAAGAAAGUAUACGGCGCUCUGGGUGCCUCUCAGAGCUUGAGAUCACUCCAACUGUUGAACAGCGAACCGUUAUCGCUGGAGAGUGCUGAUCUCCUAGCAGCAGCGUUGGCGCGCAACAAGACGUUGCGGGACCUAACCGUGAAGAAUCUGCAUCAUCCAGACGCUGCCCCUAUCAUACUCGCUUCCCUGAAAUACAACGACGUGCUAGAGGAGUUGUGGCUUGACGAUGGGAGCAGUCGCCCCGAAACUCUGAGGGAGGGCCUCCUGGCGCUCCGCACCAACAAGUCCCUCAAGUGUCUCAAGCUUACCGACAUGAAACUCAAUGACGUUUGCGUGGAACUUGUCGGCUACCUUCUCGAGAAGAACGACACGCUUCAAGAAGUAUCUCUAAGCGGCAACUUGAUUCACGAUCCCGGAGUUUGUAGCAUACCUGCGGCCCUGUCGCAGAACACUACCAUAAAGCGUCUGGACCUGUCCUUGAGCUGGUUGUCCAAAUACACCGUGUCUAACUUUGUGCGAGCCCUUUCUGGAAACAGCACGGUUGAGAGCGUGCAUCUCGGCAGCGUUGUCAUCCACGAAGACUGGAGGCCGCCGUUGCCCCUCACGGCAGACAUUUUCGCUCGACUGCAAGUAACAUGGGGCAAAGCCCAGCUCGAGGAAUGGACUUCUUGUCUGGAACGAGAAGAGCACUGCGUUCCGUCCCGUUGCGUUUUCUGGUACGAUCGUGACCGCACUGAAGUUAUCACGCGAUUCUUUUCUGCGGCAGUCGUGACCGGCUCAUCGCUCACUGAACUCGUUGUCUACUUUCCUGGAUGGGCGAAGAGCGCGGAGGCCGUCAAAGCGCUCGUGUCCUUCUUGGAAGUCACACUGACACUCAAGAAGCUUGAGAUACGCCCGCGUCGAAUGUCUUACUCGUACCCCAGCGAACUUCUUAGCAGCAUAGCCCGCAACAAAAGCCUUUGCGAAGCAGAAUUCAUGCAGCCGCUAGAGCAUAGUGACGUCAAGGCCCUUGAAGCCGUGCUGAAAGCCAACCGUACCUUGCAGCGACUCAAGUUCUUCGAGAACUGUCUGGCAGAAGAAGAUCCGCGCAUGCUAGCGCGCUCCUUGAAAAAAAAUUUUGUGUUCCUGAAUCUCGAAUUCUCGGUGGUCCAUGUGCCGAUAGAUAUGCAUCCAGUUCUGAGUGCGCUCAACAGGAAUCGCACCGCACUCAACAACGCAGUGCGGUGCGUGUUGGACGCUACAGUGGACGACAGCUCGAGACGGGCACUUCACGCUCUAUCCGCGAGUGACUCACUUCUCGAUGCUGUGGUUAGUGCAUCGGGCAAGACUCGCGACGCCUGCAAGUCUCUUAUACUUGAAGCAGUCCGCCACGUUGACUUGUCCAAGCAUACUGCGAAGCCGUAAGGGCAUUUGCGUGGGCCGGAGAUGGCAUUACCUGAUUAGCUCGUCAGGUUGGAACUGUGCUGCAGCAGAGGCAACAGUUCCAUGCUUAUCAGGGCGAAAUUAACAAAAUAUCCUGCUUUGAAAAUUAUUUCGCGAGUAAAAACUGUUCUACUGUUUGUGUUUAGUUAAUGUACCCCUUUAAGAUAGUAACGGCAACGAAAUGCAGUU